AUGGAAGUUGUUAGUGAUCAAACAUGGACAGGCCGAGAAGGUUCAAUAAAAUAUGAUGGUGUUUACCGCGGUGAAAUCUACGAUAGUCGAAGUGAUCGACUAAAUUGGACGCGACCGAAUUUCAACGAUAGUCGAUAUGCAUGGAUCACGCCUGAAUCGUUAAGAUCACCCGUCAAUGAUUCAUCAAUGGGUUUCCUAGUUCUUCAAGAUAUGCCACCUAUUCGUGCGGGACCGGAUGCAUUACAUUUUGAAGUAGGACUAGAUCAGUCAUCAGAACGCAGCUAUUUAACGCUUCAAGAUAUUGGUGAAAUCAAAGGUGCCUCGUUGGCUGAUGGUGGUAUACUGAAACCUAUUGAUUCGUGGAUAUCUGAUUCAGGUGUACGAACGUUUGAUCUCGGUCAGAAUAUGGUCGGAUGGUGUCGUUUCAGAUUCCAAGGGCCGCGUGGCUUCAGUACUUCCGUUCGUCAUGCAGAGAUAUUAGUACAGCCAAUAGCUUCUACAAAUGUGGCUACUCGCAAUCUCUACGUAGAAAAUCUUCGUAACGCUACCGCAUCGGACAUCUAUAUCCUCCGGGGAGACCCUCUCGGAGAUAUCUACGAACCAAUUUUUACUGUUCAUGGUUUUCGUUAUCUAUCAGUGUUUAAUUCUCCAAGUGCCAUGACGCCCGAUGAUGUUCAGUGUCUUGUUGCUCAUAGCGAAACAACUCUGAAAGGUCAUUUCAGCACGAGUAAUCCAACUAUUAACCAAAUUCAACACAAUAUUCAAUGGGGUCAGUUGAGUAAUUUAAUGUCGGUACCUACAGACUGUCCGCAACGUGAUGAACGUCGUGGAUGGUUAGGUGAUGCUGCCUUGUCUGUCGAUGAAGCCUUGUACAAUUUUGAUUUGAUGAAGUUUUAUCGAAACUUUCUUAAUUUAAUUAUCGACAUGCAGUUGGACGACGGACAAGUACCUGAUAUCGUUCCUGGCUUAGGAGGUCCCUAUCCAGCUGAUCCGAAUUGGGGAAGUGCAUUGCCCACUAUCACUUGGCAGCUGUAUCGACACUAUGAUGAUGUUAAAAUUCUUGAAGAUUAUUAUGACUCGAUUCGAGCUUAUGUAGAAUUUCUUCGACACAGCUACCAAGAGACUGGAUUGGUUAAUUUCAUUGCGCGUUACGGGGAUUGGCUUCAACCGGCACCAAAUCCUAGAACUAAUGAACAUUUAACAACAUCCUACGCUUUUCUUCAUGAUCUCUAUCUUUUACUAAAUAUGUCCCAAAUACUUGGCAAGAAGAAUGACACUGACGUGUAUUCCCGAUUUUAUCAACAGCUGACAAACGAGUUUCAUCGUGUCUUCUACAAUCAGACGACAAAUUUUUAUGCCGAUGGUCUGCAAGCAGCCCAAGUACUAGCAUUAGCAUUACCGGGUGUCGUCCCACCAACGAUCCGUGAUGUAGUAGUCAACUAUUUAGUUCAAAAUAUUAUGAAUAAUGAAAAUCAUGCUACAACAGGCAUUGUUUCCACAGCUCAGUUAUAUCCCAUCCUAUCUGAUCAUGGACAUCAUGAUUUAGCGUUAGAAAUGAUUUCCUCUACCACCUAUCCAUCAUAUGGAUACAUGUUCACAAAUCCUUAUGAAAAUUCGACUACUCUUUGGGAAUGGCUCGACGCUCCAUUUCUUGGGCCGAUGAGUUCACGUAAUCACAUUAUGUAUGGUAGUGUGGGUGCAUGGUUCUAUUCACAUUUGGCUGGCAUCGAUCUACGCGUGAACGAGAUCAUCAUACGGCCACGAAUGGCAUCAGAAGCGAAGAAACAUUUGAUGAAUAAGUUAGAUUGUCAGCUAAGCACAUUGUAUGGUCUUAUCCAUAUUUCAUAUACUCGCGAUGAACGCGAUACAGUUGCAAACUCAAUUUUACUUCGUGUUACUAUACCAGUAAAUAUGCGAGCUCAGAUGAUAUUUGAACCAUUGUUCGUCUCUGCACAAUGCGUGGCGUUACUCGAAAGUGAUACAACGAUUUGGACAUCUGAUACAGGCAGCAGCGAUGACUCGAAGUUUCUUGUGGAAAAAGAUUCAGUUACUAAUGCAGUGACUGUGCACAUGGGCUCUGGUCAAUAUCAGUUUCAAGCGAGAUGGAAGUAG